AGGAGAAGUAUAUGAUACAUGUUCGACAAAUCUACGUUUCUAUUGGUCAGUUCUGAUUCUGUCAAUAAAUUAACUAGUGCGAUAUGUAAGAUCAAAAAGCAUGAGUAGUAUUCGAUUCUGCUAUGAAUAGGAGAAAACUGACAAAGCUGACAGAUGGAGUUUCGUAAAACCGUGAAAGUUAGUGAGCAAUAAUGAUGGUGAAUUGUUGUGGGAUGAGUUAAAAAGAUGGCGAGCUGUCAUCAAUAAGCGCAUUUUUUGUCUAAGAAGGGAACGUCACAAAUGCUUCGUAAAAAGUAUCAUUCGUCGAAAAGACAGAACAAUGGAACUCUUUCGUACUGACACACAUUUUAUUUUCGUAAAAGAGAGGCACAGUUUGUGGUGCGACAAAAAUACGGGCCAAUUUUCUGCUAAAUCCGAUUGGGAAUGGGCGUCACCAAAAGAUUUAGAAUGUCUUGGAAUGUUUUAUGGAAUAGUAGGAAAAAUAGAUCAACCAUCAGUAUUAGAACCACGUUUGAUGCUUAUAAAAGAAGUUUCUGUGGCCGGAGAAUUAUAUGGCGGUCAUAUAGUACACAGAAUCAAAUCGAUUGCAUUCUUACAUAUUGGGACAGAUAACACAGAUAUUGGAUUACUUCCCUGUAAGAAACAUCAGCAUUUACCAAAGAAAAAAGGAACUAGUGGAUUAUUUGAAGUGCCGCAGAAAGCUGCAUUUGCUAAAACAUGGGGCACUAUAAAAAGUGCCACAAAUACUAUUAAAAAUACCACUCAACAAGCUGCUGCUCUUGCGACAUCACAGGUCAAGUCUACAGUAAAUAAACGAAGCGGAGUUAAAGAUAAAGAAAAAUUUGAGAAAAGAAUCUUAGAAGAAUUGAAUAAAAUUUUUACAGAGACCGAUUCUUUUUUUUAUUGCGAAACUGGAGACAUCACCAAUAGUCUACAACGAUUAUGCGUAGCCGAAAUUGAAGAAACUAAAAGCAAUCGAUUUAAACCACUGUGGCAACGAGUAGAUGAUAGAUUUUUUUGGAAUAAACAUAUGUUACAAGAUAUAAUUAAUUUGAAAACAGACAAAGCAGACUGUUGGAUAUUACCAGUCAUUCAAGGAUAUAUCCAAAUAGAAAAGUGCAAAGUUGAAGGAUUCUAUGAUCAACCACAACAUGAAAUAUUUAAUUUAGCUAUUAUAUCAAGAAGGAGCAGAUUCCGUGCUGGCACUAGGUAUAAAAGACGCGGCGUUGAUGAUCAAGGUAAAUGUGCCAAUUAUGUUGAAACUGAGCAAUUGGUUUGGUAUCAUGAUCAUCAGGUAUCUUUUGUACAAGUACGAGGAAGUGUACCGGUUUAUUGGUCUCAACCUGGAUAUAAAUAUAAACCACCUCCACGAAUAGACAAAGAUGAAGCAGAAACACAGGUUACAUUUGAAAAACAUUUUGGUGAAGAACUUGAUUUAUAUGGUCCAAUAUGUAUUGUUAAUCUAGUUGAGCAAACAGGAAAAGAGAAGAUAAUUUGGGAGGCUUACAGUAAUCAUAUUCUUAAGUACAAUCAUUCUGAUAUUACAUAUACAACUUUUGAUUUUCACGAGUAUUGCCGUGGUAUGCACUUUGAAAAUGUUUCUAUUCUAAUCGAUGCACUCGAUGCAGUAUUAACGAAUAUGAGUUACUGUUGGCGCGAUAAAGAAGGUACAAUUUGCAUGCAGAAAGGAAUUUUUCGUGUAAACUGCAUCGAUUGUUUAGACAGAACUAACGUGGUACAAACAGCUAUUGGUAAAGCUGUAAUGGAAAUGCAAUUUUCAAAACUUGGUUUAAUACCACCUGAUGGAACUUUACCUACAAACAUUAGACAAACUUUUCAAUUACUUUGGGCUAACAAUGGUGACAUAAUCAGUAAACAAUAUGCUGGGACAAAUGCUUUAAAGGGAGAUUAUACGAGAACAGGAGAAAGAAAAUUCACGGGAUUAAUGAAAGAUGGCAUGAACUCCGCAAAUAGAUAUUUUCAACAACACUUUAUGGACGACUUACGGCAGGCAGCAAUAGAAACUUUGCUAGGAAAUCCAAUCGACGUUGAUCAACUGAAUAACGAUUGGUCACAUUAUUUAGACAUCCUUGAUAACUGCUGCCUUGAACUUAUUCCUACGAAACCACCAAAUAUAGAGCUUCAACUUGCUACACAUCCUGAAUUUCUUUAUGCCACUGCUAUGUGUAAUUUAGCAAGAUAUUAUCUUAAUCGCUUCAAAGAUGUCUAUAGACAAGCUACAAUCGAUAUGAUGUUAGGAAAUGCAUUAAGUGAAGAAGUAUUUCAAGAACGUACAGAAGAAGAAGAUAAUGCUGCAACAGCAAUUCACGUGAAAUUAUUGAUUGAAGAUUGUAAAAAAUUAUUGAUACCUGAUCCCGAAGUUAUUCUUGGAAGUUGGGGACUUAUUGAUGCUGAUCCCGUAACUGGAGAUCCCACUGAAACCGAAAUGGAUACUAUUCUUAUAUUAACUCGAGAUAGCUAUUAUGUAGCGGAUUAUGACGACCAAAUUGAUAAAGUAACGAAUUACCAAAGAGUUCCGCUAUCCGAUGUAAUUCUUAUUGAAUUUGGCCAACCGGAAAAUAUAGUUUCUAUUUUUAAGAACAAACAUUACCAUUGUAUUAGAAUUAGCUAUAAGAUGGGUACAGAGUAUGGUUACUUUCACAUGUUUCGCAGUACGAACUUAAGAUUUUUUAACAACAUGGCUGUUGUAAUAAAAACUGCUGAAGAAAGCAUAGAAUCCUUAAAAGCAAUUUGUGAAGCUAUUUCAGUAGCAAUGGAAAUAGCUGGUUUACCAAAAGUACCUGUGGCAAUGAACAUAACAUUAGAUAAACGAAAGAGCAAAUUAGUUAACGUUAAAGGCUCUACAGGACUUUUAGAUAUUUCCUCUCUUCCUGAGUUAACCAGAAAUGUUUCUGAAACGCAACUAUUAGCUCUCAAAAGUGCAGGUACAAAGGCACUAAGUAAUAUGUCAGAACAGUUCAGUAAACUUAAUAAAUUAAGUCAUAGCUUUAGCACGAAGAAACCGAUCGACAUAGCAAGAAGUAUAAGAUCAAGAAAAUCUAUUACAUCGUUAAAACCAAUUUUUACUGUUGGUGACAGAGAUAUUUCUGGAAAUAUUAGUAAAAAACGUGGCGAAAAUAGUAGCAGUAGCGAUGAAGAUGAAAAUAUUGAAAUGACUCGCAUUCAUACGGAACAAACAAAAAACUUUUCUCAUGACAAAAAAUUAAUGGAAGCUUAUAGUCCGUCGAUUGGAAUCAUAAUGGGUGUUAAAGAUUCUGAUAUAGUAAAUAAUAGCGCUUCUGAUAAUUAUUUAGCACAAGCAGAUAUAGAUAAAAAUAAUGUAUUGUCUUCUGAUAUUAAAAAAUCUGAAUUGUAUCUAAUGCCGCAAAGUGAGUCUGGUAGUUCUCUUAGUGCUUCGCCACAGAAAACUACGGCAACGACACCAGAAAUAACUAUCCAGGACGUAGCAGAUGUUUUAAAUGAAGAAAAAGAUAGAAUGAUGCAUCCAACGUCAUUGAGUCUUUCUAAAAAUAUAAGCCAGUCAACAGGAAAAGUAGACAGCAAAGCAAAUUUAAAUAACUUAAAGAGUAGUACUUUGUUAAUAGAUAAUAAGUUACAAGAUAAAAAGAGAUCAACAUCUGAACAAGAUCUGACAUUAAAUAUUACCUCGUCACAAAGCGAAUCAGCCCUGAAAUCGAUAAAGACUAGCAUUACAGAUGUCACAAGUCCAGUUGCAGCUACUGCCAAAGAUAUUCUAUCGCCCUUUUCAAAGUUCGCUAAAGGUGUACAAACACUUGGAGCUAAUUUAGAUCCAAGGAAAUUAAAAUCGGGUCAAAUGGGAAAUUUAUCGGACCAUCAUCUGGAAGAACGCCAAAAACUUCAAGAGAAAUGGGGUUCUUGCAAAUCUACACUGAUCGCUUUAUAAAUUAUUGUGGCAUAACUGUAAGUAUAUUAUAUUGAGCAACAUGAUAAUAAUGCUGUAAAUAGAGUAACAACAAAAAAAAGAAAAAGAAAUAAAUUGAAAUGGAAUAUGAAUUAAAAAAUUAUAAACUUAGAGCUAAAGAAAAAAAAAUUAUAAAAAUUAUGUUAUCACCAUGUUGCUGAAGCAGGUAAUAAGGAAAUUUGAAGAAAAAAAAAAAGUAUAUUUUUUACUUUUAUGAAAAAUUGCCCUACCAAAUUAUGUGGUCAAUAUUUUAUACACAACAACAACAACAACCUGAGUUUAUUGUAUAAUAGAAAUAUCUAUUAUUUUUCAAAAAAGGAAUUAUGGGAUUUUAUGUUUUAGUUCGAACUAUACGCGAAGUUGAAUACUUAAAUGUGAAAUGCUUUUGGCAUAUUUAUACAGAAUUUAUACUCAAUAUAAGAAUUACUCUUAUGAGAUUACUGUUAGUACUGUGUUCAAUCUUGCAACGUUUAAUUAGAUUGUGAGAUAAAAAUAUAUAUUAUCCGAGUAGGUAUACAGUAGAAUUUUAAUUAUUCGUUGGUUUAUAAUAAGUUUUAAUACCCAACGAUGAAAAUUUCAAGUAAAUCGUUGUAUUUAUAAUUAAGGAUAAAUCAUUGAUCUUUGAUCUUCUCGAAGAAUGACUUUCAAAAAGUUCUUUUUUGUAUUGUAAUAUUUAUAAUAAUAACAUUCUUAUUUUCAUUGAAUACGAAUAAUCGGGAUUCUACUGUAUUUGGAAAGUGAGAUUUGAAUAAGAUUUUUUUUUUAACUCAGCUUCUUGCUGCAUAAUUAAAUUUUUCCACAAAAUUUAAGCACUGUUGCCUUGCUCGUUGAUAUUGAUAGUUAUAUUCAUUAUAGUUAUAUUCAGUAAAAGAAUGGUUUAUUGAUAAACGUUUGUGAGCACACUUUAGAGGGGAAAAGUUUUUUUAUACAGCAAGUUGGAUAAAGAAGCUUUUUAGUCAAUUAUGUAAAUAUAGAAAUUGAUAUGAAUGUAGUAUAGAAAAAUUGCGAAAUAUUAAUACAGAUGACACACAGUAGUAUAUUAAUCAAUGAUAUCAGUAAUAAUAAUAUUGAAUAUAAUAAUUGAUGAAGCAUCGUAGCGUUAGAUGUGAGUUACAUAGAAUUAUCGAAAUAUUUAUUGAUCAUUUUGAAUAUUGAUAUACUCGUGACUUUUAUUAAAUAUUAUUUUUUAAAACUUAUAUAAAACUGUGCUCAGUUUUAUUCUCAGUAUAUCCAGAGUAUUGUAAUCUCGAUUUUAAAGUACAGAAAAAAAGAUCUAAUUAAGUUGAUAUAGUUAAAUGGUGUGAUUAGAUAUAUAGACAUGCACGAUUAAGGAGAUUGAUAAAAGAUGCUUGCUUUUCAAUGUUGAAUUUUCAAUUGAAAUUUUUUUUUUUUCUUUUUUCUUUUUAAAAAGUGUCGUCUAUACAUCUCGCAAUCUUAGAAACUGCAGUAUUGAUUUAGUAUUGCUGCUGUAUUGCAGACAACAUGACUUACAAGGAAACUCUAUAAUUUAUAAAUAUGUUAUAUAACAAAGAGGAGCAUUAAUUAUAGUAAAAUAGAGCAAUUAAUAUUUUAUUAAGAAAGAAAAAUAGAUCGUAUAAAUUCACAUCAGUAUAAGUUUGUAAUCAUUAUAAUCAGUAUAAGUUCAUAUGAUUAAUUAUGUACUUUGUAAAUAUUAUUAGAGCAAUUAUUGACAAUUCUUAUAAAUUUUUCACACGAAAAAGUAUUUAAAAAUAUAAGUAUACGUUGUCCUUAUAUAUAACACACUUGUUUUAGUCACGAACAAUAGUCUGUGAUACAUUUUUGCAGAUUGAAUAUAGUUUGUAAAGAAAAUUGUAAAUCUUGUAGAUCACGUAGUGAUUUUUUAGAAUAGAGUAUUGUGAGAACUGUUUUCUAAUACUUUAGAGUACACAAAAAUUAUAAUUGUAUAAAAAUACCAGAACCGUAAUCCAUUCCAAACAAAAUUUACCUUUAUUGGCUAAACUUUCGAAUUGUAUUUCUUCGAUUAUCGGAUAUGAUAAUUCAAUCAAGCUUUAUAUAUGUGGAUGCAAUGUAAGAACCAGUUCAAAUUCAGUCAUGUGUGUUAUAAAUAUAGUAGCCAAUAGAGGCUUUGCCUUACAUAUGUAUAUUCAAGAAACAUGUUCUCGAAAGAUUACAAAAAAAAAAAGAAAUAAAACUUACACAUAUAUGCCAAAUAACGCAAAAUGACACUUGUAGAUGACGUAACAAUAAAAAGCAUCGUCAAUA